AACACAAGCAAAUAUAUCCCGGCGUCUGUGCAGCCAUUGCUGAACUGAGGCAGCAGGACCUGAAGCCGCCUGUUUUUGCGGAGUAGCUCAUCAGUACUUCACCCGCUGCUUUGCCAGCAAACGGAGAGGGUGAGUUCCAGGAAGACACUAUGUCCCUGAGCAGUGCUUUCAGGGCCGUGGGCAAUGACCCUGGGAUCAUCACCUGGAGAAUUGAGAAAAUGGAGCUGGUGCUGGUGCCUCAGAGUGCUCAUGGCAACUUCUACGAGGGAGACUGCUACGUCAUCCUUUCGACCCGGAGAGUGGGCAGCCUCCUCUCCCAGGACAUCCACUUUUGGAUCGGGAAGGACUCCUCCCAGGAUGAGCAGAGCUGUGCUGCCAUCUACACCACACAGCUGGACGACUACCUGGGAGGCGGCCCCGUGCAGCACCGCGAGGUCCAAUACCACGAGUCGGACACCUUCCGGGGCUACUUCAAGCAGGGUGUCAUUUAUAAAAAGGGGGGCGUGGCCUCUGGGAUGAAGCACGUGGAGACCAACGCGUACAACGUGAAGCGGCUGCUACACGUGAAAGGGAAGAGGAACGUCAGGGCCACUGAGGUGGAGAUGAGCUGGGACAGUUUUAACCGAGGCGACGUCUUCUUGCUGGACCUUGGAAUGGUUAUCAUCCAGUGGAACGGCCCGGAGAGCAACAGUGGGGAGCAACUCAAGGCCAUGCUGCUGGCAAAGGACAUUCGGGACAGGGAGCGAGGGGGCCGUGCUGAAAUCGGAGUGGUUGAGGGAGACAAAGAGGCAGCCAGCCCGGAGCUGAUGACAAUCCUCCAGGACACCCUUGGCCGGCGCUCCAUUAUCCAGCCUGCAGUUCCUGACGAGAUCGUGGAUCAGCAGCAGAAAUCAAACAUCAUGUUGUAUCAUGUCUCGGAUGCAGCUGGGCAGCUGGCAAUCACAGAGGUGGCAACAAGGCCUCUGGUCCAGGACCUACUGAACCAUGAUGACUGCUACAUUCUGGACCAAAGCGGAACCAAGAUCUACAUGUGGAAAGGCAAAGGAGCCACGAAGGUUGAGAAACAGGCAGCCAUGUCCAAAGCCCUGGAUUUCAUCAAGAUGAAGGGUUACCCCAGCAGCACCAACGUGGAGACCGUCAAUGAUGGUGCUGAGUCGGCCAUGUUCAAACAGUUGUUCCAGAAAUGGUCCGUGAAGGACCAGACUACAGGCUUGGGCAAAAUAUUUAGCUUUGGCAAAAUUGCUAAAGUUUUCCAGGAGAAGUUCGACGUGAGUCUCCUACACACCAAGCCGGAAGUGGCCGCCCAGGAGAGGAUGGUGGACGACGGCAAUGGCAAAGUUGAGGUCUGGAGAAUUGAAAACCUUGAGCUAGUCCCUGUGGAACAUCAGUGGUAUGGCUUCUUCUACGGGGGAGACUGCUAUCUGGUGUUCUACACUUACGAAGUAAAUGGGAAGCCCCACUACAUCCUCUACAUCUGGCAGGGCCGCCACGCCUCACAGGAUGAGCUGGCAGCCUCGGCCUACCAGGCCGUGGAGGUGGACCAGCAGUUUGGUGGCGCCCCAGUGCAGGUUCGGGUGAGCAUGGGGAAGGAGCCACGCCACUUCAUGGCCAUCUUUAAAGGAAAACUGGUUAUCUACGAGGGCGGGACUUCCAGGAAGGGAAAUGCAGAGCCUGACCCUCCAGUAAGACUCUUCCAGAUCCAAGGAAAUGACAAAUCCAACACCAAAGCAGUGGAAGUCUCGGCCUUCGCUUCCUCGCUCAACUCUAACGACGUCUUCCUGCUGCGAACUCAGACGGAACAUUACCUGUGGUAUGGCAAGGGGUCUAGUGGGGACGAGCGGGCAAUGGCUAAGGAGCUGGUCGAACUUCUCUGUGAUGGCAAUGCAGACACUGUGGCUGAGGGCCAGGAGCCACCUGAGUUCUGGGGCCUUCUGGGAGGAAAAGCACCCUAUGCUAAUGACAAAAGGUUACAGCAAGAAAUCCUGGACGUCCAGGUCCGGCUCUUCGAAUGUUCCAAUAAGACUGGCCGGUUCCUUGUUACUGAGGUCACGGACUUCACCCAGGAUGACCUAAACCCAGAUGAUGUGAUGCUCCUGGACACCUGGGACCAGGUGUUCCUAUGGAUAGGAGCCGAGGCCAAUGCCACAGAGAAGGAAGGGGCCCUCUCGACUGCCCAGGAGUACCUGGUAACUCACCCCAGCGGCCGAGACCCCGACACACCGAUCCUGAUCAUCAAGCAGGGCUUUGAGCCUCCUACCUUCACAGGCUGGUUCCUGGCAUGGGACCCUCACAUGUGGAGUGCGGGAAAAUCAUACGAGCAGUUAAAGAAAGAACUGGGAGACACCGCUGCUAUCGUGCGAAUCACCGCUGAUAUGAAGAACGCAACCCUCUCCCUGAAUUCUAAUGAGAGUGAGCCAAAGUAUCACCCUAUCGAAGUCCUACGGAAAAGUCAGAACCAGGGGCUGCCCGAGGACGUGAACCCUGCCAAAAAGGAGAAUUACCUCUCGGAGCAAGACUUUGUGUCUGUGUUCGGCAUGACAAGAGGGCAGUUCACCGCUCUGCCUGGCUGGAAACAGCUCCAGCUGAAGAAAGAAAGGGGGCUUUUCUAAAGCCAGGCAUCUGGUGUCCGACCACAGGAGAGAGCAAGCACAUAGUGCCAACAUCAGCCAAGAAGUCACACACCAACUGAGCCUGGCAUUCGGCAGCUUCAGAUACAACAGAUUUGAAAGGCCCGGCAUGAUCUUUUCUCUUUCCCAUGCACCCUGGCGUUCUUUGGUUGUCGUACACUAGAAGGCUACCUACUCAUGGUUUGGCUUUUGUGGCCUCAGCAGAAAGCAUGAAUGUAGACAGGUUGAGAGAGAGAACCGGAAACUGAGCUUAAAAUAUCUAAUGCCUCAGGGCCUACAUUUGCUUUAAACUACAUACACCCUGUACCCGCAAACACUGGCGUUACUGCACGCACUGAAGACUCCAAAGGCCCAGGUCUACCAUGUGCCAGAGCAUGCUCAACUUUUCAAAUAAAGAGGCCACACGAGCACAUCAGCGUCCUUUCCAGUCUUCCUUCUUAUGGUGACUUUAGUUACGUAGCAUUUGAGUGCUGAGAAAGUAGAGAGGCCAUGCUGAAGCUGGGCCUGGGUCACAAACCUGUAAUCCCAGCUACCGGCUCAGCUGGGACAGGCACACAGGUCAAGGCCUGCCUGGAUUGUGGGGUGAAUGCAAGGCCAAGCUCAGUGACUUACAAAGAGCCUGUCUCCAAAUUAUUUUGGGGGUGGGGUGGGGAAAGAGGUUCCAAGACAGGGUUUCUCCUUGCAGCUUUGGAGCCUGCCCUGGAACUCGCUCUGUAGACCAGGCUGGCCCCAAACUCACAGAGAUCUUCCUGCCUCUGCCUCCCGAGUGCUGGGAUUAAAGGUGUGCACCACCACCACCCAGUAUGGCUCAGUAUUUUUUUUAAAGUGCACAGUGUAGGGCAGGAGAGAAGGCUUAGGGGUUGAGAGCACUUACUGUUCUUGCAGAAGACCCAGGGCCAGUCCCCAGCUCCCACAUGGUGGUUCACAAACAUCUGUAGCUCCAGUUCCAGGAGCUCCAAUGUCUUCUUUUGAUCUCAAGCAGGCACCAGGCAUGGACACGGUACAUAUGCACACAUGCAGGCAAACACUCAUACACAUGAAAAUGUAUCUUUAAAAAAAAAAUGCACAG